AUGACCGGGUUGAAUACCAAUCAACAAGCUAUGGUAGCCUUAAUGCAAAACCCAGGGUUCAAUAACCGAAUGCUUCAACAACAACAACAGCAGCAGCAACAUCAGCAACCGCAAGUUCAACCUCAAGGAGGUGCUGGAAGUCAACAGUCUCCGACUGCUCAACAACAGCAGAUGCAAAUACCGGCUCAACAAAUGUAUAAUCAGAAUGGUCCUAUACCUUUUCAACAACAUAGAUUAAGCAUAUCUUCCAAUAGUGGUGCACCUGCCAUGGGUAUGCCACAACAGAUACUUGUGAAUAAUCAACAACAGCAACACCAAUUACAUCAACAACAGCAGCAACAACAGACUAAUCCUAAUCUACAAAGACCCAUAAGUGCUAUCCAAAAAAGUCAACAAAUGUCCCCUACAGGUGGAGUAGCCAACGUUCAACCCGGUAAACAAAAUCAAUUUAGUGCUAAUGUGCCGUUAGCAGUUCCAAAUAAUGGAGCUAUCACGCUGAAUCCCUCAGCAGGAAAUUCGCAGGGUCAUACUCCUCAAAUGGCUAAUCGAGCUCAACCUGGCCAAUUCAAUGGUCAACCGGUAGGUGCAGUAACAAAAGUUAAUGGAGUCAUUCCUAAUAAUGUUACCCCUAUAAUGCCACAACAGCAGCAACCAACACCACAAAGCCAACCAAGACAGAAUGGUAAAUACCGAUCACCUUCUAAUGUAGCAAGUCAGAUUCCACUUAAUCAGCAACAGCACAUGCAGGCUCAGGUAGCUCAUGCACAGGCACAAGCCCAAGCUCAGGCCCAAGCUCAGGCACAAGCUCAGGCACAGGCACAGGCACAAGCUCAAGCUCAAGCGCAAGCGCAAGCCCAAGCACAGGCACAAGCCCAAGCUCAAGCUCAAGCCCAAGCAGUACAAGUGCAGGCUGCCCAGGUACAGGCUGUGCAAGCACAAGCGACCCAAGCAGCGCAGGCACAAGCACAGGCACAGGCACAAGCACAACUCCAAGUUCAGCAAAGAAAGUCUGUAGCACCCCAACCAGUAUCAGGGCCAACUCCAAUAACUACAAAUACGGCAGCCACUCAAUCACCACUUGAGAAACAAACUAUAGUAGGAAAUCCUCCAUUGACUCAAGAACAAGAACAAAUACAAAAUGAAAUAAAUACCCGAAUAUUAAAAAGAAAUAUGGGAAAUGCUGCAGCCCUCAGAAUACUCGAUUUAAUUGAUCAAAUUUCCAAUGAAUCAUUUAUAAAUUUAUCAAAUAUUGACUACUGGAAUCGAAUUAUUCAAACAUACUUUUUACAAACUUCAGUAAUUAGACUUAAUAUGUUAACGAGUCCAACUCCUAAAUUUGAUAAUUCCAGUCCCGAUAAUUUUUCAAAUAUUCCUAAACAAUUUGAACUAACUACAGCAAUUGCUCCCAGAUUCUUUGUUGCAAGUGUUGUAUUGGGGAAUGUUGCUAAAUUAAUAAUUACUUUACCAGGAUUAAAAUUCCAAAUUUUAAAUACGGGAUCAAUAUUAAUUUUUGCUAGAUUAUCUAUGCAAUAUUAUUAUAAUGAUGGAUCAAACUCUUCGGUUAAUGGUACUGUAAAGAUAUUAAUGAGUAGAGAAUUAAGAAUUGAAUGGAUUGAUAUAACUAGUCUAAAUUAUCAAAGUUCUAUAAAUUUCAUUGCGUUAGAAAGGAAAUGGAAAUUAUAUUCUGAUAGUUAUAUACCUCCUAGUAAAGCAAAGGGAGCUAAAGAUCAACAGCCCAAUCCGGUUGAAUUCUUUAAACAGAUGUUUGAGAACUCAGAAGCAGUAAAGAAUACUCCAAAUUCAGGACUUCAUGAGGAUGCAAUGAGAAUAUUACAAGUUGGAGAUAUAAUGUCUAAUCUCCGAUCGUUGAUGGGAUUCGCCAUUUUUAAUAAUGUAAAUUCUCCAAUUAAGGCCCUUGAAUUAUUCAUGAAUUCAAAUAAUCAACAAGCAGCUAUACUUGCUCAACAAUCACAAUUAGCAGCUGCUAAAGCACAACAAAUGGCAUUGUUAAACCAGCAACAACAGCAAGCUCAACCCAAUCAACCACAGCAACAAACACAAGUACAAUCUCAAACACAAGGACCACAGGGUCAAAAUAGUAUAUUAUCACCAUCACCUCAUACUAUCCAUCCUGAGGAUCCAAAAGGUGGAGCUGCAUUAAAGAAAAGAAAACAAAGCGUUAGCGCUGGAAGUCCUCUAGCCAUUGACAGUACAGGUAUCAAGAGAAGGAAAUAG